AAGAUCCACCUCAAUCUCAAACCCCAAUCAAUCUCUGUUUCUGAAACCUCUGUUUCUUCCACCUAUAAAUAAACGAUAAGACCGUUGUAUGUGACUUUCUAACAUCACAACAACAACAUCAACAACAAAACCCGUUACAAUGGCCACCACCACCUCAACCUUCCUCCUCCUCUUGCUCCUCCACAUCGCCGCCGCCACCACCACCGUCCACGCCAUAGGAGUCAACUACGGCACCCUCGGCGACAACCUCCCUCCACCUGCCGCCGUGGCCAACUUCCUCAAGACAAGGACCACCAUCGACCGCGUCAAGAUCUUCGAUGUCAACCCGCAGAUCCUCCAGGCUUUCGCCGGCACCGGCAUCAGUGUUACUGUCACGGCGCCCAACGGUGACAUUGCUGCGCUCAGAAACAUUGAUUCUGCUCGCCAAUGGGUCGUCACCCACAUCAAGCCGUUUCAUCCUCAGACGAGAAUCAACUAUAUCCUUGUUGGUAGCGAGGUUCUUCAUUGGGGUGAUACCAACAUGAUCCGUGGCCUUGUUCCUGCCAUGAGAACGCUAUACUCUGCUCUUCAAGCAGAGGGUAUCAGAGACAUUAAGGUUACCACUGCUCAUUCUCUGGCAAUAAUGCGUUCAUCUUUGCCACCAAGUGCGGGUAGGUUCAGACCUGGGUUCGCAAAGCACGUGUUGGGUCCUAUGCUGAAGUUUCUGAAGGAAACCAGAACACCCUUCAUGGUGAACCCUUACCCUUACUUCGGGUACAACCCCAAAAACGUGAACUUCGCACUUUUCCGGCCGAACCGGGGUUUGUUCGACCGGUACACCAAGUUGAGGUACUCAAACCAGUUUGAUGCUCUUAUGGACGCGGUUUACUCGGCCAUGAAGGCUCUAGGGUAUGGUGACGUGGACAUUGCCAUCGGUGAGACCGGGUGGCCCUCCGUGUGCGACGGCUGGGAUGCCUGCAGUGUGGGGAAUGCUCAGGCCUACAAUGGCCAGCUCGUGAGGCACUUGGCGGAAGGGAAGGGGACCCCAUUGAUGCCGAACCGGCGGUUCGAGGCGUAUAUCUUUGCUUUGUUCAAUGAGAACCAGAAACCCGGUCCGAUCGCGGAGCGCAAUUGGGGUCUGUUCCGACCGGAUUUCACUCCGGUCUAUGAAUCUGGAGUCUUGCGUAGUGGCCAGAGACCAGCACCAGUAGGAGGAGGAGUUCCAAAACCUGCAGCAGGGGGACAAAAAUGGUGUGUGCCCAAGGCAGAUGCUAGCAAUCAAGCUUUGCAAGCAAACAUCAACUAUGUUUGCAGCCAAAAUGUUGAUUGCAAGCCAAUUCAACCAGGAGGAACUUGCUUUGCCCCCAAUGAUGUUAGGGCUCUUGCCACAUAUGCCAUGAAUGCUUACUACCAGGCCAAUGGAAGACAUGAUUACAACUGUGAUUUCUCUCACACUGCUGUCAUUACCUCCACCAAUCCAAGCCAUGGUAAUUGUAGAAUCUGAGCUUGUUUCUUGAAGGUCCAUAACCAGAUCAGAGGCAAGAGAGGAAGAUAGAGAAAAGCUCAUUGCCAUCUUAUCUUUAUUAGAAGGAGGGAAAUGGUGUCAAUGUGGCUGUGUUAAUUAGUGACUUUGUGACUAUGCAUUCAUGUACUCAAUUAUUUAGUUUGUUGUAUAUCAUGAUCUUGAAAACAACCUUAAAAUUGGCAUGGCAUUUCAUGCUUGAUUAAAUAUAUGAUCCGGCGAGGGUUAUUUGACAAA